AUGGAUAUAUUUCGACAAUUGCAAAUCAGCAUUCCUUUUUCGGAAGCUUUAGAGCAAAUGCCGGAGUAUGCAAAGUUCAUGAAAGAUAUUCUUACAAAGAAGAAGAAGUACACCGAGCCCGAAACUGUCAUCCUUGAUGCGAAGUGUAGUGCAAUUAUCCAAAGUACCUUGCCAAGAAAAGAGAGCGAUCCCGGAAGAGUCACUUUGCCGGUUACCAUUGGUGAUAUUCAUAUGGGAAGAGGUUUAGUUGAUUUGGGUUCGAGUACCAAUCUUAUUCCAUUGUCCAUGGUGAAAAGGUUAGGCAUUCUUGACUUAAAGGCAACGAGAAUGACAUUACAACUAGCUGAUAAGUCCACAACUCGUCCUUAUGGGGUUGCGGAAGAUCUACUUGUGAAGGUUGAUAAAUUAUUAUUUCCCAUUGAUUUUGUUGUGAUUGAUAUGGAGGAAGACAUUGAUACACCAUUGAUUCUUGCACGGCCUUUUAUGAAGACGACAAGGAUGAUGAUUGAUAUUGACGAUGGUUUAAUGAAGGUGAGAUUCCAAGAUGAAAAAGUGUGCUUUGAUCUCUUUGAAGCUAUGAAACAUCCAAGUGAUAACGGUGAUUGUUUUAGAAUUGAUGCAACAGAGGAAGUUAUUAUGCAAGUGGAAAGUCAAAUUCAUUUGUUCAACCCUCUUGAGAAAACAUUGACGAAAGCUCUUGAUGUUCUUAAUGAAGAUGAAGAAAAAGAGAUUGAAGAAUGUUUGCGGGAUCUUGAUGUAUCCGAAGAGAUAAGUCCUUUUGAGGCAAAGAUGGAAGAGUUGAAAAAUGAGCCAAAGGUGGAUGAAGCAAAGUUAGAAUUUAAGAUGUUACCAUCCCACUUGAAAUAUGCUUUUCUUGAAGAAGGUGGAAAGAAGCCGGUAAUAAUUAGUGGUUCAUCGUCAAACAAGGAGGAAGAGAAGUCAAUUCAUGUGUUGAAAUCUAACAAGGAAGCAAUAGGAUGGGUUCUUUCCGAUCUAAAUAUAAAGGUACACUAA